GCACCGCGUCCCGCGGAGGCAGGGCGGUGACGGGGGCCUGGCUGUCGCUCCCGGCAGCACCGGAGCGAGCGGGAAGAGUGACAGGUGUCAGGCUCCCCCCCCCGCCCGUGGGCGGCUCGGGCGGGGGGCACCUCUGCGGCUCUGGCUGCGGGCUGGGCCGCGCUGUGGGACGGGGAGCUGCUGUGGGGUGCUGCCGGCGGUGGUUCCCAGCCAGGGGACGGCUGGGUGCCUCCUGACAGCUGCCUCAUACCCUCCUCCCUGCCCUGCAGCGCCUUGUCUCCGCACUCGCCUGCGGCUGGGGAACAUGGUUCGCUUCUCCGUCCCCGAAGUGAGUCUCCAGGCGCAGGAGGAGCGCCGGGCAGGCGGCCGCAGCCAUGCCGAGUGGUAAGGAGACACGGCUGCUGCACCUCAGCGAGAUGGAGAAGCUGGACAAGACCCUCUUUAGGCUGGAGCAAGGUUUUGAACUACAGUUCCGAUUGGGCCCGACUCUUCAAGGCAAGCCUGUUACUGUGUACACAAAUUAUCCAGCUUCUGGAGAAGUAUUUGAUCGCCAUAAGUUCAGGACACUAUCAUGGCACAAUCCCACAGGAAAAGAAGAUGACUCUGACAAAUAUUGCAAGCUGGAUCUCCAAAUUUCUGGGUCAUACCAGUACUAUUUCAGUCUUGGAAAUGAAAAAAGUGGUGGAGGUUACAUAGUUGUGGAUCCUAUUUUGCAUGUUGGAGCCGAUAAUCAUGUGUUACCUUUGGAUUGUGUUACGCUCCAGACGUUCCUCGCUAAGUGUCUGGGACCAUUUCAUGAAUGGGAAGAUAGGCUUAAAGUUGCAAAAGAAACAGGUUACAACAUGAUUCAUUUUACACCACUGCAGAAGCUUGGACUGUCUAGAUCAUGUUACUCACUGGCUGAUCAGUUAGAAGUAAAUCCUGAAUUUAAGUGCACUUGGAACCAUAUAGGAGCUCUUGUGGAAAAAUUGAAAAAUGAAUGGAAUAUGCUUUGCAUCACAGAUGUAGUCUACAAUCAUACUGCUACUAACAGUGAAUGGCUCAGGAUGCAUCCAGAAUGUGGCUAUAAUCUUGUAAAUUCUCCUCACCUGAAGCCAGCUUGGGUCUUGGAUAGAGCUCUGUGGCACUUGACCUGUAUGGUGGCUGAUGGAAAGUAUGUUGCUAAAGGGGUCCCUCCCUUGAUUGAAAAUGAUCAUCACCUGAAUUGUAUCCGUAAAAUAAUUCGGGAAGAUGUGUAUCCAAAACUUAAACUAUGGGAAUUUUUUCAAGUGGAUGUUAACAAAGCUGUGCAACAAUUUAAAAGCCUUCUAGUUCAAGGCAAAAUAAGCACUAAAUCUGAUCCGAAUCAACAUCUUCAGAUAGUUCAGGACCCUGAUUAUAGACGAUUUGGCUGUACUGUAGAUAUGAAUAUAGCGUUGGCAACGUUCAUACCACACAGCAAUGGACCAGCUGCAAUAGAAGAAUGUUGUAACUGGUUUCGCAAGAGGAUUGAGGAACUGAAUGCUGAACAGUACAGACAGACUAAUCACCAUCAAGAGCAGGCUGUCAAUUGUCUUGUGGGGACCGUGGUUUAUGAGCGACUGGCUGGUGAUGGUCCUAAGCUGGGUCCUGUCAGUAGAAAAUAUCCGUUAGUUACCAGGUAUUUUACUUAUCCAUUCAAAGAGCUGACUGUGGAGGAAGAAGAAACUAUGAUACAUCAGCCAGAUAAAGCUUGUUAUUUCAUGGCUCAUAAUGGCUGGGUUAUGGGAGAUGAUCCUCUUAGAAACUUUGCAGAACCAGGGUCAAAUGUUUACUUGAGAAGAGAGCUUAUUUGCUGGGGAGACAGUGUGAAACUGCGUUAUGGUAAUAAACCUGAAGACUGUCCAUACCUCUGGGCACACAUGAAAAAAUACACUGAAAUCACUGCCAAGUAUUUCCAUGGUGUUCGUCUUGACAACUGUCAUUCAACACCUAUUCAUGUAGCUGAGUACAUGCUGGACACAGCUAGAAAAGUGCGAGCCGAUUUGUAUGUAGUGGCUGAACUGUUCACAGGAAAUGAGGAGCUGGACAAUAUCUUUGUGAAUAGGCUGGGCAUUACCUCCUUAAUAAGAGAGGCAAUGACUGCUUAUAAUAGCCAUGAAGAGGGAAGGUUAGUUUAUCGCUUUGGAGGUGAACCUGUUGGCUCUUUUGUUCAGCCACGUUUGAGGCCUUUGAUGCCAGCUAUUGCUCAUGCAUUGUUUAUGGAUAUUACCCAUGAUAAUGAAUGUCCAAUUCAGCACCGAUCUGCAUAUGAUGCUCUUCCCAGUGCAAUGAUUGUUUCCAUGGCAUGCUGCGCUACAGGAAGCACCAAAGGCUAUGAUGAACUAGUACCACACCAGAUCUCUGUAGUAUCUGAAGAGAGAUUUUAUGCAAAAUGGAAUCCAGCAGCACAUCUGAGUUCUGGUGAAGUUAAUUUCCAAACAGGAAUUCUAGCAGGAAGGCUCGCCAUAAACAGGCUGCAUCAGGAGCUAGGGGCUAAAGGCUUUAAUCAGGUCUAUGUAGAUCAAGUUGAUGAAGAUAUAGUGGCAGUGACAAGACACUGCCCUAACACACACCAAUCUGUUGUGGCUGUAAGUCGAACUGCCUUCAGGGAUCCUAAAACCUCCUUCUACAGUAAAGAAGUACCUGAAAUGUGUAUCCCAGGAAAAAUAGAAGAAGUAGUACUUGAGGCUAGGACUAUUGAGAGAAGUACUAGUCCUUACAAAAAAGAUGAACAUUUUAUAAAUGGAUUGCCUAAUUUCACAAUGGAACUCAGAGAGCAUAUCCAGAUUAAAGACAGUAAAAUUAUAAAGCAAGCUGGAACUGCCAUAAAAGGGCCAAACGAAUUUGUUCAAGAAAUAGAAUUUGAAAAAUUAACGCCAGGAAGUGUAAUAGUAUUCAGAGUUAGUCUUGACCCAAAGGCACAAGAGGCUGUUGGUGUACUCCGCAAUCAUUUGAUCCAGUUCAGCCCUCAUUUUAAAUCUGGAAGUCUUCCUGAUGAUCAUUCAGCACCUAUAUUAAAAACGUUAUUUUCUUCUAUUGCAUCUAAACUAACUUUGGCUGACUUAAAUCAAGUACUGUAUAGGUGUGAAGCAGAAGAACAAGAAGAUGGUGGAGGUUGUUACAACAUACCAAACUGGUCAUCACUGAAGUAUGCAGGUCUCCAAGGGUUAAUGUCAGUGAUGGCAGACAUUAGACCAAAGAAUGAUUUGGGUCAUCCAUUUUGUGAUAAUUUAAGAUCUGGAGACUGGAUGAUUGAUUAUGUUAGUAAUCGUCUGAUUUCACGUGCAGGAGCCUGUGCAGAAGUUGGUAAAUGGAUGAAGGCCAUGUUUGUCUACCUGAAGAGAAUUCCACGUUACCUCAUCCCAUGUUACUUUGAUGCCAUAUUAGUGGGUGCAUACACAACGCUUCUGGAUGUGGGAUGGCAUCAGAUGUCUAGCUUCGUGCAGAAUGGAUCGACAUUUGUUAAACACCUUUCCUUGGGUUCAGUCCAGAUGUGUGGGAUAGGAAGAUAUCCUUGUCUGCCAGAUCUGUCUCCUUCCUUACAUGAUGUUCCCUAUAGGCUGAAUGAGAUCACAAAUGAGAAAGAACAGUGCUGUGUUUCCUUGGCAGCGGGUUUACCUCACUUUUCUUCUGGAAUUUUUCGCUCUUGGGGAAGGGAUACUUUUAUUGCACUGAGAGGUCUAAUGUUAGUUACUGGGCGCUAUGUAGAAGCAAGAAACAUCAUUUUAGCAUUUGGUGGGACUUUAAGACAUGGUCUCAUUCCCAAUCUGCUUGGCCAGGGGACACAUGCCAGAUACAACUGUCGUGAUGCUGUAUGGUGGUGGCUUCAGUGUAUCCAGGACUACUGUAAAAUUGUUCCAAAGGGGUUAGACAUUCUCAGGUGUCCUGUUUCUAGGAUGUACCCAAGCGAUGACUCAUCUCCUCAGCCUGCAGGCAUUAUGGAUCAGCCACUUUAUGAAGUAAUACAGGAAGCAAUGCAACGACACAUGGAAGGCAUACAUUUCCGAGAAAGGAAUGCUGGUCCGCAGAUAGAUCAAAACAUGAGAGAUGAAGGCUUUACUGUAACUGCAGGAGUUGACCGUGAAACUGGCUUUGUCUUUGGAGGGAACCGCUUCAACUGUGGCACUUGGAUGGAUAAAAUGGGAGAGAGUGACACAGCUCGCAACAAAGGAAUUCCAGCCACUCCAAGAGAUGGCUCUGCUGUGGAAAUUGUUGGCUUGUGCAAGUCAGCUGUUCGCUGGUUGGUGGAUUUAUCUGAGAAAAAUGUGUUUCCAUUCCGUGGAGUCACUGUAAAAAGACAUGGAAAGGAGGAGACUGUCACAUAUGAUGAGUGGAACAGAAAAAUUCAAGGACACUUUGAAAGACUGUUCUUUGUUUCUGAGAAUCCAGCUGAUGCUAAUGAGAAACAUCCAAAUCUUGUUCACAAACGUGGAAUUUAUAAGGACAGCUAUGGAGCUUCAAGUCCAUGGUGUGAUUACCAACUCAGGCCAAAUUUUACAAUAGCAAUGGUAGUGGCCCCUGAGUUGUUCACACCUGAGAGAGCUUGGAAAGCUCUGCAGAUAGCAGAGGAAAAACUGCUUGGUCCAUUAGGCAUGAAAACCUUAGACCCAGAUGAUAUGGUUUACUGUGGAGUAUAUGAUAAUGCUCUUGACAAUGACAACUAUAAUGUAGCCAGAGGUUUUAAUUAUCACCAAGGACCUGAAUGGCUGUGGCCGAUUGGCUAUUUUCUUCGUGCCAAAUUGUACUUCUCAAAGUUGAUUGGUCCAGAGAUAUAUGCAAAAACUGUAGUUAUGAUUAAGAAUGUUCUUUCUCGCCACUACGUUCACCUUGAAAGAUCAUCCUGGAAAGGGCUUCCAGAGCUGACCAAUGAAAAUGGACAGUAUUGCCCUUUUAGCUGUGAAACUCAGGCCUGGUCGAUUGGUGUUAUCCUUGAAAUCCUUUAUGACUUGUAGAAGUUUUUUUUGAUUGAUUUGAUGAAACUUCUGUGGUCUUAUUAUUGGGCAUAAACGAACACUUGGCUUAUACUGCAAGGGAAAUGUCCUGUUCCACACAAUCACUUAAGCAGUGUCCUGACUUCCAAAGAUACUGAAUGCCAGCAGCUCCUAUACCCUAUAACUGUGUGGAGCUUGGGUUUUUUUUUGGAAAUCAGGCCAUGACAAUAAAACAAAACUGCAGUGCACACUUGAUGCAGAAACUUCUACUAAGGAGCAAUUUUAUGAAUAUGCACAAACUUCAAAUUAAGUAGCUUUGGUUUUUUAGACUUCUCAAAUCAAAAUCUUAAUGUAACAAAGUGAGGUGGCUCUUUCCUGAGCUCAAAAUAAGUAGCACAGCUCUUACUUUUUUUUUUUUUUUUCCCCUUUGUCUCUUAAAGAGUAAAUGAAUGUUUUGCAAAUGCAUGCUUAAAGGGGAAUAGACUAACCUAUAGCUUCCUAAGUUUGGUAUGCUUUGUGCUGUAGCACCAUACAUUAAUGAAGGCAUAUUAUGUUGUCUCUCUGUUAAACUGUAUUACGGAGAUUUUUUUGUAUGUGUUCAGUUGAACACUCCAUUAAUCAACCACAGAAAUAAAGCUUACAAAUACUGUGAUAAACCAACCUUUGAAGUUAGAAAAUUCUCAAAAACUCUGUAAACUACUUUGAGAGUUAAGCAAUAACAAGGUAAUAUCAUAUGCUAAUCCAUUUUAACAUUUAUUUAAAUACUGUGGGCCAUGCAGCAAACCUAUUUCUUCAUUUAAAUCUGUGUUGCACCAUGAAGAAUUCAUAAGAAACCUGUGCAUGUGAUACAAUGCACAGCCUGUAUGUUAGGGGAGGGCAGAGCUACAGAAGUCAAUGUACUUGACUGUUUAAUUAAAUUAAUUUAUUGAAGAGGUAUGGUCACCUCAGCCCUUUAUUAUUAAGAAAAUCCUAGCUCUAUUGAAGCAGGUGGAAACGGUUAACAUCAGUGGGAAAAGAUUAGCCUACCACCAAAGAAGAUAAGAUAAGGUUUCUAGGCCAUUUGAAAUCACACCAACAAAAAUAAGCAUGCUACCUCUAUGUGUUUUUCUUUGGGAGCAGCAUCCAGUGAACAUGAUGCAAAACACAUGUUCUUUGAUAUUUGGAUGCCUGUAUGCCCUUACUGAGUUCAGUUCAAUGUUCCCAAACUGAAGAGUGGUUGACAGAAGUGCAGCUGCUAAUUCUCAACCCUCUAUUCAUGUGAUCUUUCCAUCUUAGUUCAAUAAACAGGCAGAGAGCCUGACAACACUUCCCACAUCACAGUGGGGAAAGCAGAACUGAUACUGCAUUUCUUAAUGUUAGACAACAUGGUGAAAAAAAUUUUCAGGGUAUAAUUAUAAUGCACUAAUAACAUGUAGGUCAAGGUUUUAUUAUAACCAUAUUUUAAAGUUUCCAUACCCUGUCUAAAGUACAGUGCAAGUGUGCUGUCUUGUUCAGGGAGAUGUGUUACAGAGAGAUACAUUUAAGGGCAAGUUAAUAGGAUGAGUGUAGAUUAGUAGUAAGAAGCGCCUACAGUCACACUAUUUAUUUGAAAGGUUAGUCAGUAUUUGAACUCCCUUGCUGAAGUGUUCAGUACUUAGAACUUAUGAUUAGGGAAGGUCUAUAUUGUACUUCAGUUUUUGAGCUGCUGCAGUACAUGGGUUGGGAAAUUUUUGUUUUCUUGACACAAUGCAUGGGAGAUGUCAUUUGAUCAAAAAUGUUACUGAAAUGUCAGCCACAGAUUAUGUUUUUAACGUGCAAGAGGCAUAUAGAGUAUCAUUAUGUACUGAACUUUCCAAAAUCCUUGAUAUAGACAUGUAUGUCCUACUGUAUCACUAGCUUUUUACUGUCUUCCUAGAUAAUUAUUUCUCAUUUAUUAUUUCAAGGUAUGUUUUAUAGCUCCUCUGGUUUAGAAAGAAGGAACAAUAUGGCAGAAAAAAUUGUUCUUACUUGAUGAAAACAUUUUUAAAUUGGAAGUGCAGCUUAAGAGCUAUUACUGUUGAAAAAGAUUUCCACAAGGUGUCAACUUACAUAUAUUGGCAAUAACACUCUUGCAGUAUUGGAAAAAAAAACGUGAGAAAUCAUUCAUCAAAACCCUCCUCUGUUAUUACAGAUGACUUUCCAGUGUUUUGCAAACUGCACUGCUGAUAGAGACUGCAUAUUUGUCACUGCUAGUUUGUUUUUUUUUCCUAAUUUAAUAGUAAAAUUUUAAAGAUAAAUCACCACUGUGUACACAAAAACACAUUAUGCAACUUCUGAACAUGCCCACUUAUAAUGUUGCUUCUGCACUGAUUAGUUGAGCAUAGUUUUAGUGACAAAUGUUUUAAAUAAGAAAAAAAAAUGUAUCGGUUGACUUUGCUGUUAAGUAGCAACAAAAAUAAGAUUUGAGGUUAUAACUGUUGGGGGGUGGCUUAUUGCUUUUGUGCGUUUUGGGGGAAACUGAGGUUUUUGUUUGUUUUUGAUUUUUAUGUUCGUGGUUCUGUUGUUGGUUUGGUUUUUUGGUUGUUUUGUUUUUUUUUUUUUUUUAAUCACAAAGCAACUCAACACUUUGUCAAGCCAGAUGGUUUAAAAAUGAAGAGGAAAGCAAGCAGUGUUAAAUCUAACACUUAUCUGAGCUGGUAUUCAUCUAGAUAAACUCUAUUCCUAAGUAAUUAUCCCCUAAAAAUAGCUGACUGAUCCUGAACUGUAUUUUCAUUCAUUAGUAUAAUUUAUAUUAUACACUCAAAAACUUAUGGUAAUGAAAAGCUACAAUCAGUAAAAAGUUAUAAGCAAACCAAUAUGUUUUAGAAACAAACUAAAGAACUUGGUAAGAACUGUGAAUCCAUUGUGUUCCAGUUGGUGAUUCUUAUCUAUAUGGUAUUGAGACCUUUUUUUUUUUUUUCCUUCCUCCAAAUUGAAAUAAUUUUUAUCGUUACCAGUGUUUGUACAGUUAAUAGCUCUUGAUUCCUUCGAAGAUUAUUAACUUGAGAAUUCAAGUACAAUUUAUGUAUCAUUCUUGCACUGCAUGUUGUAAUGUAAAAUGGAAAGAUAAGUUUCACAUGUGUCUGUCUAGCACAGCAGCAGCUGAUUUUAGAAAAUGUCAUUCAUUUAUUUCUGAAAUGCACAAAAUAAAAUUCUUUAUUUCAGAGUUAA